CUUGUGAAAACAAUGCAAGGACUUUUGAAUGGAAGAGAGGACAGAAAGGAGUAAGCAGCAUCAGAACAUCUUUAAUGUGCUUCAAUAUUAGAGCCAAAGAAGCUAACCCCUGCAGUGCUGGAAGUUCAUUGGUGCGAAGAGAACUUGUCACUGCAGAGUAUAUUUCUACACUAAGCAGCAAUCAGGACAUGAGAUACAAUUCAUUAGAGGUAACCAGGGGCGGACUGACCAUUUGGAAACUCGGGCACUGCCCGAGGGCCCAGGGUCAGUAGGGGGCCCCAUGAGAUGCCCCUGGUACCUUUUUCAUAGGCUUUUUUGAGUUUGGGCAAGGACACAGGGGCCCCAUGAUCCCCUAUUGCCCGGGGGCCCCAU